AGAUGCGCGCGAGUGUUCUCAGCACAUUCAACAGAAUUUUGUCAGCUUCUUCGUUUUCAGAAUUAUUCACAUCCAUUGACCUAUCGAACUCAGAAGCUAAAGUCAAUGAUUCGUUUACGCUCUUCUCUGCCCUAAAACGCAAUCAUUGAGCUGAUAUAAUCAGGGAGAGUUGUAUAAAGUCAAUGCAUUUGUCAUAUUCAAUUUACUGUUUUUAUUGACUGUUUACUGAUUCCCAUUUCGCUAUUCAGCCAUUGUAUUUCGGCAGCGUUUAGUCCUGUAAUCUCGGUGUUAAUUUGGAGCAGAUUAUCACGUGAGUUUACUACACUUGCGCAAUUCGCUUGACCGGAGAAGAUUUCAGCUUUAAUUGGUAAAACUACACUUCACAGUUUGACAAGCUCCACAAUGGCAACAACCUCUGACAACGGGGCAUUCUCGAUGACAACUGAGAUGACUGAAUACAUGGCAACAAAGUUAUCUGAUUGGUUCAUAGACAACGGCCCACUUAACAGCACAAUGGACCCUGAUUACCAAUCUAUGUACCAUCUCCCUGAUAUUAAUGGUAGUGAUUACCUUCUCAACACCACUUUCUGGUUCGAUUUAAGCACUGAGGAGCCAACACCCAUUCCACUACCAGGCAGAGCUUCCCUGAUUGAAAUCAUCAUACGCGUGGUCAGUCUGAUUAUCACCCUCUUCGGCAACGCCUUAGUGCUGUACACCUACGCCACAACGAAAAAUCUUCGUACAUACACCAACUAUUACAUCGUGGGUUUGGCAGUGGCUGAUUUCUUCUCUGGGGGCGUCCUACAAAUUAUAAUCUUCUACCAUUCUUUUCUUGGUUACUGGCCCUUCACCGAGGUCGCCUGCACCUGCAUGACCUUCAUCUCUCACGUUUUCCUCCAGGCCACUUUCUUGAUGACGGUGGUGAUUUGCUACGAUAGGUUUAGGGCUCUCAACAUGCCCCUCAAGCACUUGAAGGAUAAGACCAUGCGCCAUGCGUGUUUCCUGAUAUCCCUUGCCUACAUCAUCCCGGUACUGCUCUGGACGCCGAUCAUUGUGGUGUUCCCGUACGUCGGGUUGGCCACACGGAUACGUCCCCCGCUGUGCACCGGUCCCUACGCGCUCCACCCUCCCCUACUCAUUUUCACAAUCCUGGUCCUUUCCUGGAUCCCGAUGCUGGUGACCUCUGUCCUGUAUGCCUUCGUCUAUAGUGCCGUCAUUCGCAGGGGGGUCAACAAGAAGAGAGGCAUCGGCGAGGAGGCCAGCUCCAACAAUAAAACCGAGAGUCGCUUGGCCAGUCUCCGUGCAACGCGCACCUUGACGUACAUCAUGAUCACCAUGGUUGUGACGGCACUACCGUGGUCCAUCUUCGCGCUCUGGGCCGCCAUUGAUCCCUACACUUUGCCGAUCAGAGGCCAUUCAUUUGAUGUAAGUGGUUUUAAUUUAGGGUUUGUCCUGACACAGACUUAA